AUGGAAAUGGACGAAGAAAUCGACUAUGAAGCGCUUCCGAGCAGCGCUCCUCUUACACACCAACUGGCAGCAGGGGCCUUUGCUGGUAUCAUGGAGCACUCGAUAAUGUUCCCUAUAGAUGCCAUAAAGACUAGGAUGCAGGCCAUCAGCGCAACCGUGGGGUCUUCCAACGCAGCACCAAAGCUGCCCUCUAACAUUAUGCAACAGAUAGCGCGUAUCUCGACCACCGAGGGAUCGAUGGCCCUGUGGAAGGGCGUGCAGUCUGUGAUUCUGGGCGCGGGCCCCGCCCACGCGGUGUAUUUCGCCACCUACGAGAUGUGCAAGGGCUAUUUGAUUGACCCUCAGGAUUUCCAGACACAUCAACCUCUCAAGACCGCAGCGAGCGGUGUCGCCGCCACGAUCGCGGCGGAUAUGCUUAUGAACCCCUUCGACACCAUAAAGCAGCGCAUGCAGCUUCGCACCUUCUCCAAUGACCGCAUGUGGGCUGUGGCUUCCAGAAUAUACCGCAACGAAGGCCUAGCCGCCUUUUUUUACUCCUACCCAACUACCAUCGCCAUGAACAUCCCUUUCGCCGCAUUCAACUUUGUCAUUUACGAGUCUUCAACUAAGCUCAUGAACCCCAACAACUCCUAUAACCCGCUAAUACACUGUCUCUGCGGUGGUCUAAGUGGUGCCACCUGUGCGGCCAUCACUACGCCCCUGGACUGUAUCAAAACUGUUCUGCAGAUCCGCGGCAGCGAAAGCGUUGUACACCCACUAUUCAGGAGUGCUGACACCUUUUCGAAGGCCGCCAGCGCCAUUUUCAAAAUCUACGGGUGGUCUGGUUUUUGGAGAGGUCUAAAGCCCCGGAUAAUCAGUAACAUGCCCGCAACAGCGAUUUCGUGGACCGCAUACGAGUGCGCAAAGCAUUUCCUUUUCAGAUAG